UUGGAAUACAGUUCGCAUUGCUUUGAUUGUAACGGGGGUACACACUCUCAAGCGACAAGCCAGGGCGUUGCGAUUAUCUUUAGCUCCGCUAUAGUUCUUGGCUACGAAGCUGCUGAAUUCCUGCAACCUGACCGAAAAUGGCGCAAAACGCUGUCGGCAGGCUCUUCCGCUGCCAGAAUUCUAACACACUUCGCCAAUCCAUCAGCACAAUCACGCAGAAGCGCAGCUACUCGAAAAAUGCAAUCCCUUCCUUCCCCCCGACAUCCUCCGCCGAGCUGGACCAAGCCCUCAACCGUUUCCGCGAAGAACUCUUCAUCCCAUACGGACUGAGCCGCCAGCAGCAGAAACUCGUGUUCCGCCAGAAGUAUGCCGAAAGACUAGAGCAGGAGCCCGUGACCGUGACCAUUGGCGAGAAUGACGAGCCGUUCCUCCUCCGCCCAAUGGACCCGCUAACCCGACCCUCGAAGAAAGAGAUCGUCGACGUGGUGUCGCUCAUGAAAACCGCCAAAGACUGGCAGAAUUUGAUUCCUUUCAUUGCCGGGCUACGCAUGUCCAACCGCCUCAUCACAUCAGCGCGCUGGGAGUGGCUGGUACGGAAAGCGGGCGAGUCUGAUGCUCUCGGAAUCAUCCUGGAGAGUGUCAAGCAAACGGAGCGAACUGGUCUUCGGCUCAACAACAUUGAUCUCGUUCAGCGGAUUUUCUUUGAACUCCACCGGAAGGCCCAGAGAGGUGAAUUCAAGGGCCCGGAUGUCUCGAAGGCCCUAAGUCUUGCGAAGCAGUUCGUUACCCUGAUGGAGGCCCCCGAGCAUGUUGAGCGCAGCAUCGAGCAAGACCCCAAGAGGAGGCCGGUUGUUGUUGGUACAUUGCUGGAACUCAGUGCUGCCCGCGCGCUGAGCGAGCUUGAUGGGCUUGAUGAGGCUGGUGAGGUUCGCGCUUACGCGCAGCGUCUGCUGGCCAGUUGGGAACUAGGCAACUUCGACAAGGAAGUGAAGGACUGGGUCCACGUUGACCGAAUGCUGCAAGAGAAUGUGCCAAUCUACAACGGCAUGAAGCUUGCAUUGCAAGUGAAGGGUAUUCAAGGCGAUAGACCUGUACACUCGGGUCUGAAGACCCGCGUGAGUCAAUUGGGAAUGCUCAUUGGAAACCAAAUGAAGAUGGCGCCGGAGAAGGCCCAGCAGCGGCCAACAUUGGGUCUUAAACAGGCCCAACUGCUACAUCAGGCUUGAGCCUAGGGUUCAUUCCUUUCCCAUCAUCUUGCAUAUGAACUGUAUAAUAUCUUCUGAAGAUUGCUCUUCCUGAGCUUUACCUGUAUUGAAAAUAGAUGCUAUUGUUUUUUUUUUUUUAAAAAAAAAAAGUUCGUUCAUUCUAUGAACUCUGAGUUG